GAACUGCAAUGCUACGGUGUUUAGCUGUGUGUUUUAUAAUAAUUAGUAUGUCUGUAUCGAAAGAUGCAUAUCAGAAAAGUUCUAAACCAGUCUUUUUCAAACGAUUCGAAUGUGUUGGACAACCUAUUCCCUCGGUAAGACUAGAGAAAUGCAAUCUAGAAAGUCCUCGUCAUGGUCCUCAGGUAAUAAACAUCGUCGCCAACGUGGAACAGCCACUUCCAAAGCUAUACGUCAGCACGAACAUAUACGUAAAGAAUCGUCAAAGUCUUAUAAUUGUUUACGGUACCACCUUUGAGUACUGUGAGUUUCUGAUGCGCAACGAGUCCCGAUCAAAUAAUCCUGUUGCUGUGCUCAUCUACAACUAUGCCAAGCACAACUUCCCCCAAGUACUUAAACCCUGUCCAAUGGUGGGCUGCUUCAAUGUGAGCGGUCUGCUGGUUGAUAAGAACCUGAUUCCACCGUUCAUUACGCCCGGCGGGUACUUCGCAUCGCAACGGUUCCACAACAAACGAAACGAAACUGUGCUUCAUUACGAAACAGAGUUUUCCGUUGCGACACCAUCAAUAUUCAACAAAACGAUGUCUUUAUUCACAUUAUAAAACGGAAAUGUAACAAUUUGAAUGCAGAAGUGGUUAAACGCUUUAUUAUAACAUACAGAGACGAAAUUAUCCAGGUUCAAAACUGCUACAAUACUAUACACAACAACAACAUUGUUAAAAAUUAAAAAAAGGCAAUUCCAGAACAUCCUAAAAUGAGACAUAU